CUUCCUGUUACCAUCCAAAACAGAGCCCAGCCAGCCACAGAAGCUAAUUCACUGCAAAAUCUCUCGACCAAGCAACGUGAAUGAAUCGCAAAGACUGAUCACUUACAAUGAUUCCUUACACGGUCAACAUCAAACUCGCGGCGCGGACGUUGACUGGCACUCUUAAUUUGCAGAAUAAAACCGCAGUAGAUUGGGGCUGGCAGGGACUGAUAGCUCAGGGAUGUCACUCAAGCAUUCUUAUCAUUGAUCCAAAGACAGCACAGACCAUCCAAGUGCUGGAAAGGCACAAAGCCAAUGUGGUCAAGGUGAAGUGGUCCAGAGAAAAUUACUACCAUAACCUGAGCUCGCCCUACUGUUUGCGGCUGGCCUCAGGAGAUGCCUCUGGGAAGAUCAUCGUCUGGGAUGUUGUCAGUGGCACUGCCCACUGUGAGAUCCAAGAGCACUCCAAACCCAUCCAGGAUUUGGAGUGGCUGUGGAAUCAGGAUGUGUCCCGUGAUCUGUUGUUAGCCGUACAUCCUCCCAACUAUAUUAUUCUGUGGAAUGGAGACACAGGAACCAAGCUGUGGAAGAAGAGCUACGCUGAGAACAUCCUGUCCUUUUCUUUUGACCCGUUUGACCCCUCCAACAUGGCAUUGCUGACGAGUGAAGGAAUAGUCUUCAUCACAGACUUUUCUCACUCAAAACCACCAGGAAGUGCGGGUAAAAAGGUCUACAUCGCAAGUCCCCAUGCAAGUCCUGCCCACACCAAGCCAGCACCCACCGCUGCACCAGCUCCUACUGGUGCCAAGAAGGCUCUCAACAAGGUUAAAGUGCUAAUCACCAAUGAAAAACCCACUGCAGAGGCAGUGACGUUGAACGACUGCCUGCAGCUCUCUUACCUGCCAUCCAAGAGGAACCACAUGUUGCUGCUGUAUCCUAGAGAGAUCCUCAUCCUGGACCUGGAGCUCAGCCAGACUGUAGGAGUGGUGGCCAUUGAACGUUCUGGAGUGCCCUUCGUCCAGGUGAUCCCGUGCGCCCAGAGAGAUGCCUUAUACUGCCUCCAUGAGAAUGGAUGCAUCACACUCCGUGUGUGCCGCUCCACUGCAGCUCCAGAAGAAGCAUCAGGAGCAGCGGACCCAGAACAGAGUGCCCAGGAGCUUGUAUACGACCUCCGCUCUCAGUGUGAUGCUAUCCGUGUUACCAAGACUGUCCGGCCAUAUCGCAUGGUUAUCUGCCCUGUCAACGAAAACAAUGCGGCUCUCACGGUCAGCGAUGGUAGAGUCAUGCUAUGGGAGCUCAAAGCCUACACAGGCAGAGCUUCUGUCAAUCCGAGUUCAGGUCUGUCACCACUGUACUCUCCAGUGUCGUUUUGUGGAUCUCCGCUGGGCCCAAACCAGAAACAUAUUCAGAAUCUCUCCCUCAACAGCAUGAUAGGUCAGACAUUAAUAGCCGGUGAAGCCCCUCUUCCAUCAUCGAACCAGCAAGAAGUCCAGCUUAAGUUCCUGUUGACUGGCCUCCUCUCUGGUUUGCCACUGCCACCAUUUGCCAUCCGCAUGUGUCCACCUCUUACGACCAAAAACAUCAACCACUACCAACCGAUGCUGGCUGUUGGUACCAGUAAUGGAUCUGUACUGGUGUAUAACCUGACCAGUGGUCUUCUGCACAAAGAGCUCAGUGUCCACUCUUGUGAAGUCAGGGGUAUUGAGUGGGUGAGUCUCACCAGUUUCCUAUCUUUUGCAACAUCUUCUCCCAACAACAUGGGCCUGGUUCGAAACGAGCUGCAGCAUGUGGAUCUACCUACUGGUCGGUGCUUCGCAUUCAGAGGUGAACGAGGAAAUGAUGAGCCACCCAUUGAGAUGAUUAAAGUGUCUCAUCUCAAGCAGUACCUGGUAGUGGUGUUUAGAGACAAGCCCCUUGAGCUGUGGGACAUCAGGACGGGGACACUUCUUCGAGAGAUGGCGAAGAACUUUCCUACAGUUACAGCUCUGGAAUGGUCCCCAUCGCACAACUUAAAAAGCCUGAAGAAGAAGCAGAUGGCAGCGAGAGAGGCCAUGGCUCGACAGACGGUCUCAGAUGCUGAACAAAAUAGUGUUGAAUCCUCAGUUAUCAGUCUGCUGCAGGAUGCAGAGAGCAAGUCUGAGACGAGUCAGGCCAUAUCAGCCAGGGAGCAUUUUGUGUUCACUGACACAGACGGGCAGGUCUACCAUAUCACCGUAGAGGGCAACACUGUUAAAGACGGUGCCCGAAUCCCUCCUGAUGGCAGUAUGGGUAGUAUAGCCUGCAUUGCCUGGAAAGGUGACACCCUGGUGCUUGGCGAUGUAGAUGGAAAUCUCAACUUCUGGGACCUUAAAGCACGUUUGUCCAGGGGAAUACCGACCCAUCGCGGUUGGGUGAAGAAAAUUCGCUUUGCACCAGGAAAAGGAAACCAGAAACUGCUUGUGAUGUACACAGAUGGAGCAGAGGUCUGGGACACUAAAGAGGUCCAAAUGGUCAGCAGCAUGCGGAUUGGUCGCAAUGUUAACUACCGGGUCCUCGACAUUGACUGGUGCACUUCAGACAAAGUUGUGCUGGCCUCAGAUGACGGCUGUAUUCGCGUGUUGGAGAUGGCCAUGAAGUCUGCUAGCUAUCGUAUGGAUGAACAAGAUCUAACUGACUCAGUGUGGUGCCCUUACUUGCUGCUACCACGAGCUGCCCUUACUCUCAAGGCUUUUCUCCUGCUGCAGCCCUGGUCAGGAACCUUCACGAUGGACAUCACACAAGUAGACUACAAUGAGAAAGAUGAGAUAAAAGGCCUGAUCCAGGAACAGCUCAAUUCUUUGUCAAAUGAUAUGAAGAGUGUGCUGCAGGACCCAGAGCUCAGCUUGCUGCAGCGCUGCCUCCUGGUCUCACGGCUGUUCGGGGACGAGUCUGACCUUCACUUUUGGACGGUGGCUUCACACUACCUCCAGGCAUUUGCCCAGGCUCGGCAGCUCAGUGUGGCCACAGCGGAGGGUCAGGUUCAAAGUGAAUUAGCCCAGCAGUCUCCUCAGAAUCACCUAGACAUCUGCCACGAUGUGCUGUGUGAGAGCUCCUAUUUCCAGAAAUUCCAGUUGGAUCGUGUUCACCUGCAAGAGGUGAAGCGCUCUAGUUAUGAGCAUACAAAGAAAUGUGCUGACCAGCUUCUCCUGCUGGGCCAGACAGACCGCGCUGUUCAAUUACUGCUGGAGACGAGUGCAGACAAUCCCAGCUACUACUGUGACUCACUCAAGGCCUGCUUGGUGACCACCAUCACCUCCUCCGGUCCAUCCCAGUCCACGAUUAAACUUGUCGCCACUAACAUGAUUGCCAAUGGCAAGCUAGCAGAGGGGGUGCAGCUGCUGUGUUUGAUUGACAAGGCUGCGGAUGCUUGCCGCUACUUGCAGACCUAUGGGGAGUGGAAUCGUGCUGCCUGGCUGGCUAAGGUGCGCCUCAGCCCAGCAGAGAGUUCAGAUGUGCUGAAGCGAUGGGCGGAGCAUCUGUGCUCCCCUCAGGUCAAUCAGAAGUCCAAAGCCAUCAUGGUGCUGCUUUCCUUGGGCUGCUUUUACAAAGUAGGAGAGAUGCUGCACAGCAUGAGACAUUUCGACAGCGCCGCCCUCUUUAUCGAAGCCUGUCUAAAAUACGGGGUCAUGGAGGCCAAUGACUCGUCUAAUAAACUCAUAGAAGCUGCUUUUUUGGACUACGCGCGGCUGCUGCGCUCGCUUGGAUUACGAGAGGGAGCGGCACUGUGGGCAUCGCGGGCCGGCACUGCAGGGGAGCAUCUUAUGGAAGAACUGUUCAAGGGGGAGGGAGGAGGGCAAGAGGUCGUGCUUGAUGAUGACAAUGAAGGCAAGCUGGCGACUGACGCAUGAAGAUGUACGUAUUAAGUACUGAAAAUAAACCUCAUCCAUGGAACUGCGAUAAUCUACAAUACAUCAUAAGAAGACCGAAGAGAGCUAAACAGUCUCCAUUUUGUCAUUUAUCAGUUGUUUUGGACGACCUGCAUUUGUGGCUGGAGCGUGUUUGACAAUUUGUAAUGUUUCUUUGUAACGGUGCAACCACGGUGUUUGUAGGCAGCUGUGUUUGCAUGGAGCUGCCUUUAAAGAAUAUAUUUUAAUCUCCCAAUAAGUCAAGUAAUGCACAUUGUUGUUCAUGGUGAUGUCUGACUAACUCUUUCAAUGUGGUGGUUUCGAGUUGCGUGUGUCUGUGUUAAUUAAUUGCUGUUCUUCUGCUGUGAUGACAUGUGGGAGUGAGUUGAACCCUCAACAGUUCAAUGCUGAGUACGCACUGCCUUGAUGAAAGGUUACUAUCACUGCUCAUUCCUUCAAAAUAGUGCACUUUUUGAUUUCACCUAAACAAUAGUUAUAAUUUGCAGGAUCAUUCCAGUAGCGGAGAGCCUCAGUCUUGCUCUGCAGAGAGGAUUUUAAAUGAUGUGACUGCAUUUGCAUAAUAUAUUCCUAUUUGACACUUGCACGUACAGCAGAGGUGGGCAAACUUUUUGACUCAUGGGCCGCAUUGAGUUAACAAAAUUGUGCGGGGGGCCAGAACAUAUAUUUAACACACACAAUUUUACACUUGGCGGCACGGCGGUCGAGUGGUUAGCGCGCAGACCUCACAGCUAGGAGACCAGGGUUCAAUUCCACCCUCAGCCAUCUCUGUGUGGAGUUUGCAUGUUCUACCCGUGCAUGCGUGGGCUUUCUCCGGGUACUCCGGUUUCCUCCCACAUUCCAAAAAUAGGUUAAUUGGUGACUCCAAAUUGUCCAUAGGUAUGAAUGUGAAUGUGAAUGGUUGUUUGUCUAUAUGUGCCCUGUGAUUGGCUGGUGACCAGUCCAGGGUGUACCCCGCCUCUCGCCCGAAGACAGCUGGGAUAGGCUCCAGCACCCCCGCGACCCUCGUGAGGAUAAGCGGUAGAAAAUGAAUGAAUGAAUUAAUUAAUUUUACACUUAUAAUUCUAACAGUCCGCCUUGAAUUAUUUGUAACAGUCCGCCUUGAAUUAUUUGUCUAAUUUUAAGUAAAUACUAUCGGCUAUAUGUUCUCAUUUCCCUUUUUUCAGGAGCACUUUAAACAUCAGACCACAUCAAACUACAAAAUUGAAUUUUAGUUUUGUUGUUUUUUUGUUUUUUUUAUAAGACAUCCGACUUGAAAGUUAUGUUGCCAGCUGGUCUGUUAAAAGUUGAAAUACUUAAAAGCAACUGGCGGGCCGGAUUCAAACGCUUGGUGGGCCGUAUGUGGCCCCCGGGCCGUAGUUUGCCCACCCCUGAUAUACAGUCAAGACCAAAAGGAUUGAUAAACUGGUCAAAUUAGUUGAAUUGAGUUUGCCAGUGUUGAGUGUUGAGAUAAUUACAUUUUUCUGUUGUUGUUACUAUUUUCAAUGUCCAAUUUUUUUUAAUAGGAAUACCACUUUUCAAUGCAGGUUUGGGCUAAUGUUCUCCAGUUAAUUGGAAUUCUCUCGAUCACGCCUGUCCGAACUUUUUUCCAAUUGCAUCCAGAAAAACCUGAAUUGGUGUGUAUGCCUUUUUCGUAAUCAUCUAUUUUAGGCUGGUUUUAUUUUAGAAUAUGACACGGGCAACAAAUGGCCCCCGGACUGGACUUUAGACUCUCCUGGUCUUGGUUAUCCUUGAGGUUACCAUCAGUGGUGAGUACCAAUACAUUUUUAAAUGUAUGAGUUCAAAAAUGUUGAAUGAUUGUCAUUCAUAGCUCUAACACAAGUUCUUACACUUUUUGUCACUUUUACAGCAUCUCCAGUUAAUGAUACCAAAUAAUUUCCCCCCACAAAAACACUUUUAACAGAGAUUUGACCAAGGUAAGAAUCAUUUUGUCCUUAACUGUGCAUACUCAUGCAGACCACGAGUAGUGUAAUGUUUAAAAUGUAAUGUUUCAGUAGGCUUAGAAGGAUACUUAGUAUAAUUGUCUUGGAUGGGUUGUUUUCACGCACACUUCAUGCAAGGGUUGUAACUUGUCUGCAUAUCUCCGCUGCACAUCUCCAUAUGUUAAUCACAGUCAUGUCUAUGACAAUGCAAUGACAUUUGUGUGUGUAUCCACCUUGUGAUGUGUAAACCUGGCUUGAAUUGAGAUAGGGAUGUCUGUCAUGGGACCUGUAGUGUGUUAUUGUGUUUUAUAAACACGUCAGUGCUGUUCCCCCUUGUGUAACCAAGCAGUGUCAAUAUGGCAACCGAGGCCCUUGUUGUAACAGGACUACUUGUUCCUCUGUAUCCAUUUCACAAAGUCCCACUUGUGCAUGGGGGAGCUGACAGCACCAUCGAUACAAUAUAUUAUCAAGCUGCUUUGAAUGAUUGCGGUGGGACGUACACGCACAGCGCUAACUCCUGAAAGUUCGGUUCUUGUUUGAUAUGAUGCGUUUGUCAGAAAACUAGUGCUGUUCAAAUGAAGGCAUGUAGCAAGAGAUUGAUGAAAAGCCUUAAACAGCCUUUUAUUGCAACCAGUCAGAAACUCACAAAAAGCCUUUUUUUCAGUUGUUGUCUAUCAAUGGUUACACGGUGAUGCUUUAAGGUUAUGUAUAUGAUUUGAAAUAUACGUAUAUGGUGGCAAUAAAGUGUGUGUGUAGAUUUUUGUAGUUGUCAUUACUGUACUUGUGCUUGCAAAUGUGAACACAGGGAGGCACUCCAACUUUGGGUUUUUGGCUGCAGGGUUUUGCGAGAAAGCCCUAUUGAACACAGUGCUAUCUGCAGUUCUUUGAUUUCUUACAGCUGAGGUAGAAUGGAAAAGUUCGGCCAUUCAUAAACGACUCUUAAAGUGAAUCCAUUGAAGCCCAAACUGCUUCCGCAAUUCAUCACUUCUUCCUCUGCUCCAAAUGAGAGCCAACAGCUGGCCAGGUUGAACCGUUUUUCCUCUUUUCUUUCGACUCGCUUUUAUUUAUUCAAUCAGUAAUGUGCAUUGUGUUCUUUGUUUCUCAGAGCCCAAAGAGAAUAAAAGCGGUGCGAAACAGAA